AUGCCUGGCUCGGUCGUACAAAUCCUGCUGUGUAAACUGCUCUCAUCACCCACCCACCCCUUCAGCUCUCGGGAGACUAGCUACGGAAUUUGCAUCAUGCGCGUCACGACUAUUCUCUCGCUAUCCCUCUUUGUCGUGGUCGGCUACAGCUUGCCUGCUGCCCCACGACCUUGGCAACCACACUCAAGAACUCCUCUCAUCUAUCGCGCGCGCCGGGACCCUAUGGCAAACUCGCGCAACGCGCAGGAUCCGCCGAUCAUGCCCACGCCAACCACAAGCCCGGGUGUUACUCUCAUCCCGCGCAUCACGAGCCCUCCGCCUACCGCAACGUUCGACGCGUCUCAAUACAACCACGGCGGGCAAGAGGGUGCCAGAAACCCGGCAAGACGGCCGUUAAAGUUCGAGACGGGAAGGCUUCGGAAGCAGCACACGUCCACGUUGGUGGUUUCUUGA